CUAGACAUGGCGGGCGCGGGCACCGGCUCUCCGCAGCCGCCGCGCGAGGUGCACUUCUGGCCGCUUGUGUCCGAGGUGAGCUGGCGCGGCGACGCCGAGCGCAAGUCGUCGCGCCUGCCGCACUUCUUGCAGCGCUUCUCGCUGCACCGCUUCAGGAAGGAGCGCGACCGCGAGCGGGACAAGGGCAAGGACAGGGAGAAGGGCAAGGGCGCAGCCGGCGGCGGCCGUGCGGAAGCGGCGGCCGGCGCCAAGCGGGCGACCGACGGCGGCGGCGGCGAGGGCGGAGACGGCGAGCAGCUGGUGCGCUGGGUACCGCUGCGCGCCAAGCCGCCGCUGCCGCCGCAGACGCACGCCCCCGCGCGCCGCCUGCUCGAGACCAGCCUCGACGCCGACGCCACCCCCGCAGCGGCCGCCGCCCCCGCCGCCGACUCUGCACACCAGCUGGCCCCGCCCGCCGGCGCACCCCUGCGCGCCAAGUCCGUCGAGUUCCUGCUCGACAAGGAGAACCACGCCGCCGCACAGCCCCCUGAGAAUGAGCUGCAGAAGAUUGGGUGCAACAGGACGAUGUCUGAACACCAGAUGCGCGUGCAGCGCUCGCUGCAGAAGCUGCACGUGCCCGACUGGUAUAAGAAGUCGACGGUGGCCAGCCGGCCCGAGGGCUUCUUGCUCAAGCGCGGCAGCACCAACUCUGCGCUGCACCAUUGGCCCGGGCUCGGGUCCAAGACCACGUCGCUCUCCAGCCUCGGCUCGACCAGCCUAACCGCCUCGCGCUCGCCGACUAGCAACCUGCUGAGCCCGAGCCCGGGCCCGCACGUGUACAUGCGCUGGAGCACGAGCCGGCUCAACAGCGGCGGCACGUCUGCGAGCACGUCGCCGUGCGGCUCGCUGCGCUCGUCGUUCAACUACCGCCAGCCGUACCUGGGCUGGCGCUCGCAGGAGCGGCUGACGCAGCCGCGCACGCCCGCCGAGCGCCUCGCCGCCGGCCUGCUGCCAAAGCUCAACCCGCCUCGGCCGCCGCACCCGGAUGCCGACGCGGACGCUGACGCCGAAGGCGACAAAGCCGCCGGCGAUGAAAAGGUCUCAAAUUUGUCCGAAGUCCAGACAUCUAUAAAAGAAGUGACAUCAGCCAUUGUCCACUAUGUUUCUGGAGUCAAGGAUGGCCAAAAUGAAAACAUGCAAAGCAGCAACAGGCACAGCCCACGAGGCAGUGGACGACUCUGCUGGUUAGAGAGCUCAUUUGUGGGGAGCAGACCAUUAGAUUCACCGGAAACUCCGCUCCUGCUUACAAGCACAAAAACAUUUGGCAGUGACAGUGAUCCUACUGCUACCAAUAUUGGCAUGGUACCCAUAGACAAGACUGGCACUGCAGCAAAUGAACUGUAUCUGGAGCUUAGUAAUACAGCCACUGAAACCUUCAACACACGUCAGUUGAAUGGAGCACCUUGCAAAAGGCCAAGUCCAAGUUCAACCACACUGGAAGAUGUACUGGACUCGUUACUGGGCUUACCUCCAGCUUCUCGGUCUCCCAGUCCAGGACCUGUUCAUGCAACUGACUUCGCAGGUAGGACCAUCUGGUGAACGUGUGCAGGAUUAAAACUUGGCAGAAUGAGGCCAUCCAUGCUGGAGCAGUGUCAUCUGGAGGAAAUGGACCACCAAUGCAGUAAAUGCAGUAACAGUGAAAGACAUUUACAGUGUAAGUGUGGAAACAAUAUUAAUCAGUCAUUUGCAAACAAUUGACUAUGUUCUAAAAUAAUCAGUAUGUAGAAAAAAGUGGUUGGCUGUAUGUUCAAAUGUGCUAGAAGUGUGAUAUAUUAUAUAAAAAUGCAUCAUUUUAAUUAAUCUUGACUUCACCAGUGAAACUGAAUUUAUUAUGUGUCAUAUGUCUGAAUAUAAACAGUUGUUUACCCAAAGCUUAAAUUUUUAUGCCAGUUGUUGCUUGUAUACACUGUACAGCCAGGCACUCAUAUAAUUAUUGUGAAUGUAUGAUUAAGGUAUCAGUUAGGCAGAGAAAUGCAAUGUAUGACCUAAAUUUAUGUGUAAAAUAUGUCCCUGAAGUGGAUGAAGCCCAUCAUAGUGUUCCUGCAGAAUAAAAUAUGCAGCAAUAGCAGAAGCCUUUAUUUAGACUGUUUUGUGAGCUGUAUACUGUCUGAUGUUACCUGAAAAUAAUAAACAAAUGUUAUUCUUGACACCAAUUUACUGUGAUAUAAGCUUACCUAAUGUAAUACUUCAAUGUAGCUUAAUUUAUUGUGUAUUACCUAUAAAAUGUAGAUGCUCUCUUGAAUUAAUUUAUAAUUAACAAAUGAUUGAUGACAAGCAGAAAAAUCCAGUGUAUUAUAUAAAUCAAAAUUUUGUGAGCUGGAUUAGUGAAGAAUCUGUGGUUAACCAUUAUCAUCAGUACAAGUUGUAUAAAGCUAAACUGAAUAGCAUUAAUAUAUUAUUUUAGUCAUACCUUCUUGGGCUGGCAGGCACAUCUACUAGGAUGUUCCUUGCUCUAAGACAGAUCUUUGCUGGGCCACAAUGGUAAACCUACAGUGCCUUUGUCAGCUAUAUUAUGUGUUAUUUUCAUCUAUUCUAUUCCUGGAAAACUGAGAAAUAAAUCUCUUUACGCCAUGACCCAACUAUCUAACAUGUGUUACUCGUAUAUGUUAGUGAUAUAAUUGUCAUUUCCAUAAGUGUCCAGUUAAGUAACAAAGUUUAUAAUCAGGGUGAUAGAAGCAAUCCUAGUGAUGCAAAGCUUAUUGGACUGUAGCUACAAAUGCUGAGAAACUAUGUGAGAUACUAUAUAUGUAAGUUAUGAUGGAGCAAAGAAUAAUUAUCAUACUAUAAAAUCUUAUUCUCAACUAUUAAAUCUCUGCCUUUCUUACUGAAACAUGAACAGUUGAAUUCAAAAUUGAGUUCGUCAUCAUAUGGGUGUGAAUUAUACAUUUAUAUAAAUUCUACCGUUAAUGAGUGUAAUAAUAUGCCUACUGUGAAUAUUCAGAUGAUUUACUUUCUGAUGUUUCUCAUAUAAAAAUCGGUACAGUUCUCAAUGCAUGUCAUACACCAUUAUCAUCUCUCUUAUCCUUAAUACAAAUGUCUCUUGUUAGUUCUAAAUUUCUAUAAUUUUUUAAAAAUAUUUUAACCUUUAGGUAUCCUCUAUGAGCUCUAUACUUAAUGGUACUUCAGCAUUUCCUAUGUUUUUUUUAUUAUAUGUUUCUUUCUUGAUGUAGGAACACAUGUGAAAUAAUCAAUGUAAUUCACUAUGAAAUGUGAAAUGAGGUUCCAUAAUGAGCUUUAGCUGUGUACUGUACGGAGGGAUGUAUCUUGUUCUGUUUGAGCAGACAAUGAAUAACAUUUAGAAACUCUGCAAAAAAAUCAGAAGAAACCUGAUAAACUUGUAGCAUUUUAGUAAAGUGUUGAUGACCAUCAAUUUCAGUAUGAAAUCAAGAAAUAUGUUUAUGGUUAUCCAUAAAUAAUUUACAAUGUCAUACACCCACACACACACACACACACACACACACACACACACACACACACACACACAUGUUACAGCAUAUCCUAUAAUUCCUCUUGAGAAAUACAGUAUAUAUAAUGAAAAUGAGAAAUAAGUAAAUGCAGAGGAAUUAAUUAUUGUGUUCUUUGUUCUUCACAGUUUCUGUAGAUCUGCAGUUUAUGGAAUCAUGUGUGAAUAACUUCAACUAUAACUUAAAAUUUGCAAGAGAUCUUUAUGCACUCAUUGCACACUACAUAGUGUUAUCCUAAUGUCUAUUUUUUUCAAAUGCCAGAUGUAUUUUUUAUAAAAAGGCAUGUAAUACAGGCAGCAGAAAAAUGGUAAUUUACUGUAGAUACGUGUUUCAUGGUGUAGUUGGCCUUCCACAAGCUGUAGGCACUGAAAUGUUUUCCAAGAAUGGUCACACUAUUUUAUUAUGUGUGCAUGAAACUUAAAUGAAAAUGAGAAGACUCUUUUUUAUUGUAUUAUUAUAUACUUAAAAAUAGCACGCACUAGAAUGAGCAUACAAGUGUAUUAAUGUAAUUACAAAAUCACAAAUCGAAAAACUUGAUAUGAUUGGGCAUAAAAAAUCAAUCAAGAUAUAAAAAUAUAUUUAAAAACAUCUCUGGAAUUUUGUUUAAUAAAUGAAUAUAUUAUUUUUAUAUGAUAUUAUGCUCCCUUCAAAUAAAAGAGAAUAUAACAAAAUUAUUAAACAAAGAGCAAAGUUGCUCAUACUGAACUCCCAAAACUAAAAACUUAACCUUGCAAUUUACACAAAAAACAAAAAAAGAAAAAAAGAGAGAGAGUGACAAUUACUGUACAGUCCCUUAACGCAUAGAUGCAGGGGAGUAAUGUGAGAGCCAUUAUGUUCUGGGAAGCAGGGCUAGAGUUCACAUAAGGAAAGAGACAACAUGUGAAAUUUGUAUGACAAAGAAGUCAUGGCACACUCAGAGAUACAUCCAGUACUCCUUUACUUUAUUCACCUGUCACAUUCUCAAACGAAAUUGAGUUUAUCAGUUAGUAAGGACAGAAAGUGUGCAAGAAGCUGAUUAAGAAUGAGCUGAAAGAGAAGCCAUGUAAAGGGAACUUGUAACAUGGCACUACGUAGACAUUUAUUUUGCUUGUGAUAUAAAAUGAUCCACACAUAAAAGGUCAAAACAGAAGGUCAGAAUCAGGAACAGAAAGACAUGCACAGGAAGAAGGAGGAGGAGUGCCAUGAGUGAAAGGUAAGCAAAGUCAAAAUAAAAGAUGUGUUUGUUCCAGUCACUGUGUUCAAAGCAGAAAAAUAUGAAAAAUUGGUCUUUUUUUUCUUUUUAGGUCCUCACUUCACAGCUAGUACUUUACUCCCCUGCUUAUAAUCUAGUUUUUUUGCUGUAGAUAAUGCAGCUAAUAACCAGAGAAACUGCAACAAUGUAUUAAAAGUUAUCCAGUCACCCCUCCUGCAAACUACUGUAUUGAUGCAACAUUAAUAUUAUUGCUUCUUAAUUUAGAUGUUGCACAAUUGGUACUUAAUCGCCAUGGAAAGAAACAAAUACUCACCCUGCUAGAGCUAUGAAUUGCGAUUUAACUUCCUGGUGUAGUGUUCUUUUUGCUUAACAUCUUUCACAAAACAUCUUUACAAAACUUAUAUGGCAAAUUUGGGAAGAAAAUAGACUUGAUACAUCUAAAAACAUAUAUUCUAAAUUUUAAAAAAAUAAGUACAUUACUGAUAGAGUGAUCUUCAUAAUGUCAUUCAUAUGUACCAACUAAGACAAAAGUACCAAUACUAUAUAAAAUUCUAAAUUUGCUGUCAUAAAAGAUUCAAGGAUAAAAAGAAAUGAGCACAAUAUACUCUUCAUACAUAUGCUGCUCAAUAUUUAGUGGUGACAGUGUCUCUUCAGUAUAACAGUAAGAAACCGAACAUCAAAUACACCACAUGGUAAAAACUGAUAACUGGUUUCUGAUAUGUAUAUUUCCCCUCUCAUAAAAUUGGAUAUAAAAUGUUUGUGUCAUACAGGCCAUACAAUUUUCACUCUCUCUCCAUCACCCUACUCAUUACAAUCAGUUUUCUGACCACCUCAUCCUGUUGUUGUUGUUGUUGUUGUGGUCUUCAGUCCUGAGACUGGUUUGAUGCAGCUCUCCAUGCUACUCUAUCCUGUGCAAGCUUCUUCAUCUCCCAGUACCUACUGCAGCUUACAUCCCUCUCAAUCUGCUUAGUGUAUUUAUCUCUUGGACUUCCUCUACGAUUUUUACCCUCCACGCUGCCCUCCAAUACUAAAUUGGUGAACCCUCGAUGUCUCAGAACAUGUCCUACUGAUGCAGCUUUACCUCAUCCUAAUAGUUACAAAUUAUGUGUUUUAUCUCUUCUUCACAUUUGGACUUUCUACUUUCUCCUUCACUUUAAUACAUUUUUAGCCUCUUAUUUCCAAUUUUAUUUUCGUUUAUUUGUUACUACUGUUGUCAUCAUCACUAAUAUCAACUUUUCAGUUUUAACUUGUUUCCAUACGUCUUUCGACUGGUUUGGCAUGCCCUGUCACAGCUUCCCCUCCUAUGCUAACCUCAUCAUCUCAGAGUAGCACUUUCACACAAUUUCUUACAUUUUCCUUCAAUAUUUUCCACUCUCUCUUAUCCCCUGCAGUUUUUGCUUUCUAUGGCUCCCUCUAGUACCAUGAAUGUUAUUCCCUGGUUUGUUAUAUUCUUUCUUUUAUUUCAUGUUUUCCACACAUUCGCUUGACAACUUCCUCAUUUUUUACACAAUCAGUCCACUUAAUCUUCAGCGUCAGUAUUUAACACCACAUCUCAAACACUUCAAUUCUCAGAUAAACAGUUGUCAGUUAACUUUCCACAUCAAAUUUAAAUAAAAUCCCAAGUUUUAUGUGACUGUCUCCACCAUGGGCCAAGUCUGAUUGUCAUGACACUUGUUAAAGAGGAUUUCAUCUUAUUGGUUAGAUUAUGUCAUGAUCACAUCACGGAGAUAGUCAUUCCUGAAGUAAUCUAUUAGCUACUGCCUACCUAACCACAGUUCAUAACAUUAUGUCAACUCUACCAAGGAAACCAUGGCAUUAUGCUUUUCAACUGAGCCAGGAGGAGUAACACAUCAUAUGGUGCAACAGCAAGUAAGAUAUAUAGAGUCUUAGACAGACGAGGAAUAAUACCUACCUUUUGGUCACCAAGGAAAAUUAUAAAAAUAUUGUGACCUGUAAAGACAAUGUUGAACUGUGAGUACCAAGGAUUCAUAAUGUUCCUUGAAAGUGUGAUGGCAUUUACAUGGGGCAGUCUAUAUGUGCUAAUGCUGAUCACUGUAUUGAAUAUCAGUGUCACCUUAAAUACAGAAAUUUUUUAAAAAAUUUUGGAGAACUGUCUAAUGAAUAAGUCUAUAUUCUUUUUGAACAAAUGAGGAUUGAGGAUUCGAUCCCACACUUCAAACUACUGUAAUGUUGAAAAUAAUCAACUUUUGAAAAUAUAAUUGGAUAGAUCAAAAAAUCUACUCACAGGGGAAAACACACCUAAUAUUUAAGGAAAUGUGUAAGCUUUGAGAGCCAGUUGCUCCUUCUUCUGGCAGAAGGGUUACAGGGGAAGGAAGGGGGAUGAAAGAAAAGGAAUGUCAAGAUUUAGAAAAUGAGGAGAUUUGGGGAAAAUUGCCCAGAACCCCUGGCCAAGACAGACUUGCCAUCUAGUAAAUCUGGGCCUACUUCAUUUUGUUUAUUUUUACUUCUAAGUAGAAAAAUGUAAGGUUUGAAAGCUCAAGAAUGAGUCUGCAUAAAUGCAUCUAUGCUUGAGUAAUAUGCUCUUCAUUUGGUGAGUAACACUUCUGAUGGUAUUUUCCAUUAUUAUGAAAAUUUAUUACAUAUUUAUUUCUUUCAGUUUCCUAUUUAUGCUUUUCUUACAGAUAAAUUGUGACAGGAGACCUAAUAUGAGAAUUAACUUAAUAAUGUACACAUUUACAACCCAGUCUCUGAUACUAAGAUAUUAACAAAAAUAUGUUUAAAACUUUUCAAAUUGAGUAUAUUACUUGAGGUUUGCAUGAAACAAAAAAGGCAACACUGUAUGUCUAUUGCAGAAAGAAUAUGUAUAUAGAUUUUUUAAAUUGCAAAAUAGAAGUAUGCCAACUCAAUAUUUAAGGUUGUAGUGGCAAAUAAGAGAGGAAGCAAUUAUCAAUAUUGUCUAGAGAAAUUGAAACCUUUAGGAUAGAAAGUUGUAAAAAAAGAAGAGACUGAGAACCUGUAUAAAUUUUAUUGCUAAAGAGCAAAUGUAUAAUGAAUAUUUGAAUGUUGAACAUCUGUGGUCAACUUAAACUGCGUGCAAAGGGAAGCAAUUUGAUUUUAUUUAUUCAUGCAUGUGUUCCUUUAUUUAUUAUUCUUCCAUUUCAAAUAAAACAUUUUGUAUCUGAUAUCAAAAAGUUAUUCAUUAAUUAAAUUUUUGAACUGAUUUUCCCUAUGUAAAAUAUAAUAUUUAGUUUAACAUAACAGACAUUGUAAAUAUACAAACAUGGUUCUAGACAAAAAGGAAUUCAAGUCUCAUAAGUUGAAAGUACUUUGUGUGGCGGCCUUUCAGUUCCAUAACAUACAAAACACCAUUAAUUUAAAGUUGAUUCAUGAACAUUUAUUCACCUUAAACCACAUUCUAGUGACGACCAGUUUAUCUCAGUUGGUUUGGUUGGUUGGUGCUUGGUGCUUACCGGUUUAUCUCACACUUCUGUUCAAAUUCACAUACACCAGGCUAGCUCUUACAAACUGCUCAGUGGCAGCAUAUGUUGUAACAGUUUAAUGACAAACUUAACACUCUUGUCCACAUAUGUACUAAACUUAGUCAAAUCACAGUUUGUAAGACAAUUGGCAACUAUGUUCAGUUCUCAUAGAACCCACUGGAAAUAAUAUUGACUUUUACACACACUUUAACAAAGCUAUGUUAAUUGAGUGUAUUGUAGCUGUGAACUUCAAUAGAUAUGCUGCUGAACUAUUGCAAUACCCAGAUUUUGCGUUGUAGAUGCUGCUCAUGUAACUUCUAGUUCUGGACUUGUUACAUAGAUCUUAUUUGUGUAAUUGCCAGGUAUAGACUGACUAUUUUUGCAUGAAACAAACAUGUAUAGACUGGUCUAAUGUUAUUUUGUGAUUUUGUUAAUUACAUAUUAAUUUAUAAAUUGGUAAAAAUUAGAAUUUGCAUUAGAGUUGGUCUACUGACCCAACCCAUAAUUUGGUUUAAUUAAAUUAUAGUCAUUUAUGAACAUAUUAACGUAUAAUGUAAUAUUUGAAUAACACAUUGUAUGCUUCCACAGUGGAUUACUGACUUACAUUAAAAUUUGUGUGUUGUAACUUUUGAUAAUUUAGUUAAAUUCUUAAUUAGAAGCUCAGUCAGAUAAUCAAGGGCAUUAUCAAGUUGAGAAAAAUCAGACCAACCAAAGUAUAAUGUCAGCUCCUGAAAUCUAAUAAGCAUAAUGGCUAAAAUGUUAAAAGUAAGUUUGGGUGCUUCCAAAUUUUAAUUAUGAACAUCUUAUAAGGUGUCAUAAA